AUGUCAUUCACCCCCACAUCGCAUUCAACACCAACAGACAACACUGCGGAGCCGUUGGUCGACAAGUCCGAGCUGCCGACCAUCGAGCUCAGCUUUUCCUCGGGCCCUAAUGGCGCAUGGGACGACAGGGAGCUUAUUAAUGCUGCCAACUCUGCCAUGAAGGAAUUCCACACGCAUCAUCCGGGACCGGGAAGCUGGCUUGACAAGGCUACAGCUGCGAUGGCUAUUGGCAAGCCGUUGCCCGGAGGGAACGAUUACGGCACAGCAUGGUAUACAGCUUCGACACCUGUCGUCCAAGAUCCCCCUGCAGCCGCAGCCCCUCCAAAGAAGAAGCGCAAAACCAACACCAAAAAGACAAUAAACCCAUAUGACCCUGCUGCUACCGCCUACAUUUCCCAGACAAACGGACCAACUUCCAUCUCUGGCCCCUCAAAUGCCAACGCCCGAGCUGAGAGUCCUUCCUUCCAACCGCCCUCACCGGGCGGCACAGAAGAUGCAGAUGCCAAGCGAGCAGAAGAAGAUGCUGAGGAUGCCGAGUGGGGAUAUGUGGAAGAAGACUGGGAGGAGGAGGAAGGAGAUUGGGAAGGAGAUGGCCAAGGAUGGGAAGGAGAAGUUGCGCAGGGUGCCCCUCAGGCCCCGCCGGCUUACGGCGUGCAGUCAGCAGACGGGGUCUCUCGCGAGGAGGCUUUGGGUCAUGCUAUGACAGCGCAGUAUUGGGCGGGGUAUUGGAUGGGUGUUGCUCAGGCGAAAGGUGGAGAAAGCGCAAAGCCAAGAAGAAGAAAGUGUAGCGGCGAAAGAGAAGUUGGGGCUACGUCGAGUGAGCAAGCGCCACCGGCAAACAUGAUCAUCUCCCGUCACCAAUAUGACGGUGUCAAUGGUUUGAAGCGUUAG